AUGUCAGGAUUUGAAUCAACACCUACCUGCCUGGGCGCUUGUGUUUGGGGAAACCCAGGUCAUAUUGCUCAUCCUAGCAACAUAGGAAGCUGGAGAAGCAAGUCUAUGGAGACAGUGGUAUACAAACAUAUUCAGGCAGCCAAUGUCCGCAUUGACCCACGUUUCAGUGCCAGGGGACCCUUUAAAGAUACUGCAACAGUUAAAAUUGUUGUUGAAGAUGCUGAUGAACCUCCUGUUUUCUCUUUGCCAACUUACCUCCUUGAAGUUCAUGAAAAUGCUGCUCUCAACUCCGUGAUUGGACAAGUGACUGCUCGUGACCCGGAUAUCACUUCUAGUCCUAUAAGGUUUUCCAUUGACCGGCACACUGACCUGGAGCGACAGUUCAACAUUAAUGCAGAUGAUGGGAAGACCACGUUGGCAACAUCACUUGACAGAGAAUUAAGUGUAUGGCACAACAUAACAAUCAUUGCCACCGAAAUUAGGAACCACAGUCAGAUAUUACGAGUACCUGUUGCUAUUAAAGUCCUGGAUGUCAAUGACAACGCCCUUGAAUUCGCAUCCGAAUAUGAGGCAUUUUUAUGUGAAAAUGGAAAACCCGGCCAAGUAAAUAUCUCCAUGUUGUUAAUGCUGAAUAUGUCUGUGGCACUUUCUAGGUCUCUCUGUGCUCCUGUGAACCAACGUAGCUAUUCUGCUAGCUUCUUUAUUAAUGAAUUAAAUAGACUUUAA